UAUUUUCUAUAUUCACGAAGUGCAUUUCAAAGAGAAUACAACAAUAUCGGAGUGCAGUUCGGAAAAUGUUCAUUUCAAGACCCAAGAAAGGUAUGGAUGGCAAGUUGCUGGAGUUUACAGCCAGUAACAGUCGAAAUAUACCACUUUCCCAAAUGUGGCGAGGUAGUUGGUGUUCCUUGAUACCCACAUUUGGUGCAGUGCUUGAUAAAAUUUUACAACUGGAGGUAAGAUCUGAUGAUGUCUUCCUGGUGACCUUCAUGAAAUCCGGUACCACAUGGAUGCAGGAAAUGGCUUGGAUGCUGCUAAAUGAUUUGGACUAUGAGCAAGGCGGAUGUUUGCAUCUUACACAGAGAAGUCCUUUUUUAGAGGCCCAAGGUACCAGGCCUAAUUCAGGCAAUGAAAUUGAAAGGUGUAACACUUUGUCCAGUCCUAGGCUAAUAAAAUCUCAUUUGCCGGCGUAUCUAUUGCCACAGCAGAUAUGGGAGAAGAAAACAAAGAUAAUUUAUGUGGGCCGCAAUUGCAAGGAUGUCAUUGUCUCCUCAUAUCAUUUUAUCAAAGGUGUCGGUUAUCUAAGUGAUUCGAAUUUGGAGGACUAUGUCAAUCAUUUUAUAAAGAAUGAAAUCAUUUAUACAAGCUAUUGGGAUCAUGUCCUAAAUUUCUGGAAAAUCCGCAAUGAACCGAAUGUUUUCUUUGUAACCUACGAAGAAAUGAUGCGAGAUUUGCAGGGAGUCAUCGAAAGGUUGAGUGAAUUUUUGGACAAGCCUAGACUGAAAGAUGAGGAAAUGCAGAAACUAUUGGAACAUUUAUCAUUCGACAAAAUGAAGGAAAACCCUCAAACUAACGCCACAGCCAAUAUAAGGAGCAAAAUUUCCAAUGUUCGGGAAAAUUUCCAAUUUAUGCGGCGAGGAAUAGUGGGCUCCUAUCGUGAUGAAAUGACCCCAGCAUUGCAGGCCAAAAUAGAUAAGUGGUCAGCAGAGAAAUUAAGCGAGCAUGGUCUCACCGAGGAGGAUAUUUUUGGAAAAUUGUAGAACCAUGAAGGAUAUGAAUUUCAUAUGGGCAAAGGUAGUGAAUAUUAAAUAAAAAUGAAAAAAGUUA